AUGGAUAACACUAAAUCUUCAAAAACAAAAGGUGAUCGUCAUCGUUCAUCUUUAACAUCAGCAUCGAAAAUAAAAAAACGCUCAUCUGUAACCCACGAUCGUGAUCAUGGUGCUCAAGGAAUGGAUCAAAGAUCUGUUAGAAAUGUAUAUGGCUAUUUGGAAAAAUUUGAAAAAACAGAAUUAUGUGAAUUAUUGGCAUCGAUUGAUUCACACUGGAUGUUGAGUAUUGACACCUACAAAGCUCCGACUGAACAUCCAAAUGGUAUAAUUCGUAAUUUAAGCGCAUUCAAUGAUUCAUAUUUAGAUAUUCUUUUUCCGUAUGACGAGACAAUUCCUCGUCUUGAUUGUCGCGAAGUUCAUCAGAUCUUACGUGAACUUGUUAUUGGUAUUUAUGUAUUAAAUGAACAUCCAUCAUUGAGUUUAGAAGCAAAUGUUGAUCAGAGUACAUCAUGUCAAUUACCAUCUGCUUAUGUUGACACAAGAUUAGGACAAAUAAUGAUUAAUUCAGACUAUUGGAUGAAAACAUUGUGGCAUGGUGUAUUCAUUACAAGAGAAAAACGUAUUAAACUUGGUGAAAGAUGGAAACAAAAAAUUGCUGGUCUAACACACACAGGUGAACCAAUACCAACAAAGCCAGUUUUGUAUGAAUUUGAAAAUUUUGUAAAUGAACCAGAUUAUGGUAAUGCCAUUGAUAAAUAUAAACAAGAGCCUCGUUCAGAAGAACAAGCACGUUCCGAUGAUGAAUUUUUUGCUAGUUACGCUGAUGAUUUAUCAAUGAUGUUAACAUUAUAUAUGGAAGAUGUUUCUCAAUAUAAUAAUUGUGUCAUGUUUAAAGGAAAUUUUAUUAUACAAUCGACAAUCAAGGCCGUACAAGAACGCCUUGAUAGUAAAAAUUUCCAACGAUUAAAAUCUUUAUUACAAGUACAUGAAAAAUAUAUUCGAACAAAUUAUUUGAGUAAAAUUGAAGUAGCUCGUUAUGUCUAUCUUUUACAAUUAAGUUGUUUUCUUCUAUCAAUACUUGUUGGUAUGAAAAGACGAAUGAAAAAGAUACCGGAUAUGAAUAAAUUAUUACCAAUGAUUGUUGAACGCGAAUUACCACCACUUAUUUACGGUCCAAAAUAUCAAUGUAAAACAUUUCCAAUUCCGGAUGAAAACUUAUUUCAUUUACAUGGCGGAGUUCAAUUUGAAUAUGAAACAUCCACAGUGAAUGAUACUUUGAAAAGGUUAGUGGGAGAUCGUUCAUUAGCGGAUUUAUUAGACAAAUCUCGACAACAAUUAUAUUCCUAUUUGGAAACAUCUAAUAGUGCAACUGCUGAAUUUCAUCUUCCAAUUGUUGAAAUUGACGGAAAAAAAUUUUAUCAUUUUGUGAUUGAUAUUGAACCAUAUUAUGGAUCAUCACCAAUAUGGAUUAGAAUGAUUAGUCAACCACUAUUGCAGGCAGGAACUAAAAAACUUUUAACAGAAAGUCUUAUUUAUGAAAUAUUUAAAAAAUAUUUUGGAAGAAAAAAAGCAACGAAUUGUAUGAAUCCUGAACAUGGUCUUCGUGUCGCUGCUCAACGUGGACUAGCAUCAAUAUUCUAUUCUUUUGCUCGUCGAACGGCUCAGUCAGGAUUAGCAAAGGCAAACAUUCGUGAUGGACUAACAUUAAUGCAUUAUGCAGCUGUUUAUAAUCGUCCGAUUAUCAUUGGGAUUCUUAUUAAUAUGGGCGUUGAUGUCAAUUGUAAACAAGAAGUGAACUAUACAGCAACAGGUGGUACACCAUUGCAUCUUGCUUGUCGACAUGGAAGUUUAGAUGCUGCAUGUUGUCUUCUAUCAAACAUGGCCGUUAUUCAAUCGGAUCAUCAAGGGUGGACACCAAUACAUCAUGCAGCGUUUUGUGAUCAUGUUCCAAUUUUAAGAUUAUUAUAUAAUAAAAGCUCUGAAUUAAUUGAAAUACAUACAAAAGACAAUAAAAAAUCGACACCGUUAUUAUUGGCCGCUACUUCUGGUGCCUUGGAUUCUGUUGAAUGUUUAUAUAAUUUGGGUGCAAACAUUGCUUACAAAGAUGAUGAAGGCAAUACGGUUAUUCAUUUAGCCACCAUGUUUCUUCAUACAAAUAUCAUUGACUAUUUUAUACAAUUAUCGAAUCCAAAAGUUCCCACGUGGCAAAUUUUAGUCGAAUUAAUCAGUCAUCCAAAAAUGGAAAUGAAACAAGCCACUGUUCAAUGUUUACAUCGAAUGACAAAUAAUGAUCAUGAAUAUUGGAAACCGUUGUUAGAAACGGGUGGUAUUAAACGUUUACUAAAAUUAUUAACUUUGAAAGAUCAAUCAUUGUUAAUAUCAACAUUAUCUGUGUUGUGCAAUAUAUCAACGAACAAUGAUGUUCGUCAAACGUUAGCAUCCGCCGACGAUUUACCAACAAUAUUUGGAAGUUUAUUACAUUGGCAUAAUGAUGAAAUACGUUCAAAAACAACAAUAUUAAUUGCAGACGUUUGUUUUAUUCAAUCGAAUCAAGAACGUUUUUUAAAAUCGGAUACAAUCAAUGGUAUUGUUCGAAUGCUCGAUUCAACAUUAGAAGAUGUUUUGGUUAAUGCUGUUAAUGCAAUUGAUUUAUUAUGUCGAAAUAAUCCUGACAUGCAAACAGAAUUAGCUCACCAUGGAGUUGUACAACAAUUAACAGAAGUAUUAACACUUAAUUCAAAAGUUUUACGAGGAACGGUGGCAUCGGCACUAGGUGCAUUAACUUAUAAUCAUCCACAAAAUCAAAAUUUAGCGUGUGAUGUGGGUGCAGUAAAAUUAAUUGUUGAUUUAAUGCAAGAUCGAGAAUUUGGAAUUCGUUAUAAAGCAUCAGUAGCUAUUGAAGCAUUGGCAAUAAAUAAUCAACGAAAUCAAAAACAAUUAUUGAGCAAAGAAUUAAAUGCUCAGAAACCAUUAAAUGAACUAAUGGAGAAAAUGUAUUAUGUUGCUGCAACAAUUCGCAGCUCAGAAGAAUGGGCAAUGGAAAUUCGUGAACAAGCCGCAUUUGCUUUGUGGGCAAUAGCUGGCAGUGCUAAAUCUCAACAACGUUAUAUUGCCGACUGUAUUGGUAUUAGUCAAAUAAUCACUAUGCUAUUAUCAAAAUCAGAAAAAUUACAAUAUGUCUCAUGUAAUGCGAUUAUUUCAUUGACUGAUGAACAUGAACAAAAUCAAUAUAGAAUUUUGAAAGAUAAUUUAUUAGAUUCAAUGAUGAGAUUACUAAAAUAUCCAGCCGUUAAUUUAUUGUCACAUCGAGUGGUAUUAUCAUUGGUUCGAGCAUUGGGUGUUAUGUGUUUAGGAAUCGCUUUAUCGACAAAUCACGCUGUACAAAAUUCAAUUGCUGAAAGAGAUGGAAUCAAUUUAUUAAUUACUAUCAUGCAUCAAACACCAUACAUCGAUGUUAAAGUUGAAUGUUGUCUGACAUUGGCACGUGUUGUAUUGAAUAAUAGUGAAAAUCAAGAACAAUUAUCGUCUAUAUUCAAUGUUGAAGAAAUUAUGACUUUUUUAGAUAUUACGGAUUCGGAUUUGAAAAUGCAUGCAUUGUUAACCAUAUCAUUGUUUGCUUAUAAUAACCUUGAAAAUCAAGCACGGUUAAAAGAAGCCAAUACAAUUAGUUAUGAUGCAUUUAAACCAUUUAUUGAAUCAAACAAUUUAAGUCAUUGUGCAUUAGCGUGUUUUCAAAUUGUUGUUCUUGCUCGAAUAAUAGGUGGCAAUCAUGAUCAAGUGUCUUUGACAGCACUUGGAAUUAUGAAAUUAGCUGAUUUACUACUAGAAAAUAAUCCUAAUUUGAUAACUCAAACAGCCAAAUACAUCGCAUCAUUGGCACGUACUCGAACGGGAAUUAGUGAUGGAAUGAUUGUUUGUAAUAUACUUGAUCGUUUAAUCGACAAAUUAAAUUCAAAUUAUGAUGAUGAAACAAGAUGCGCAUGUGCUGUGGCUAUUGGCUAUUUAACAUACAAUAAAACAGCUUUUAGAUUAUUGUAUAAUCUAUGUAGAAGAGAUCCAUCUUUAUUUGACAAAAUAAUUCAGAUUGGCCAUCGUUCGUCUGUAUCGCCAGAAUUCAUUCAGUAUUUUGAAACUGAACGAGCUCAAGGAUUACCAGUAGACAGUUUAUCCAUACAAUUAAGAGUAUUAGAACCUCGAGCUCCAUCUGCUUUCCGUCGUUCAGCAUUGAAAUCUAGCACUUCCACUAUUACCGAUGUCGAACAAGAUGUGCAUCGAUUCCCUCGUAUAAAAACAGCCCCCAUAGAAAGAUUAGAUCGUCGAUUUGUUCGUCCACAUACAACAGCUACUCCAACAUUAACAGGAAAAACAAUGCCAUUGAAAAAACGUACAUCAGCUCUGGGAUAUCCGUCUGUGGCAAGUGCAGGACAUACAAGAAAAAUCGGAUCAAUGACUAUCUCAUCAGCAAAAGCUCACUGA